UUAUCGUUUUGUUAUUUCUGAGCGUUCUGAUUACUUUGGCUUUUCCUAUCCUCUACAUUGUGAUUUAUUGGUCACUUGGGAGGAAGCUUUUAACCCGUCUCUCCCAACUAAGUCAUGGCCAAUAGGUUUUACUUAAACUGGCUUGGAGAAGUGCUUUUUACCUCCUCUCUACUCGCAUCGUAGAUGAUAUUUAUAUUUUGAAUUUUGUGUGCGCGCUCUGUUGUUUGCUCAUGUCCCACCUCAAGUUGAAGUUAGAAGAUGACAGCUCCGGCAUCAUACAAGAAAUUCUUAUGAAUUUCUUCAGAAUUUGGGUCGAGAGUUUUUGGCAACAAAAAUCCCUGCACUUGUUUGUUACGCCAUUCCCUUUUUUACUGGCAUUAUUGGCCCUGUUGACGCCUGCUGCAAAUAGCCAGGAGCUGGAGCGUUUAUUGAUCUUGCCCGCCGCUGGAUUGAUUCAUCGAGGCUACCUACGCCCGAUAAUGCGAGCCGCUAAUAAGGGUACCGAUGAAAAGGAAGAUGUCCAAGGAUCGGAAAUCUUGUCUUUAGUACGUACCUGAGCAUCUUUCGAGAAGCUUAUCAGAUGAGAUGAGCAAAUGAGGGUAAUUCGAUUACUAAUAGCAGAGGGAUUUGUUGAAGGCAAAGAAUGGGAAAUACUGGAAGAAGUUGCUGAGCCAAACUUUGAAUAGAGGCAUUUUGCAAGUGGCAGCCACAACCUUGUGGGUGUAGAAGGGCAUCAGCUACAAUGGUGGGUUGACAGGGUUGUGAUGGUG